CUCAACUGUGACCAAACAGAAGCCUAAAAUCCACUUCCUAUUUCCCAUUACCAGAAAAACCCACCAACUAUUUAUUAUCACCACUGCCACUAUACCGUUCCCUUUUGUUGCUUCCUCAUCCGUCUUUCUUGCUUGAAGCACUUGGCUUCUUUUUCUAAGGGUUCUGACGGUUGCAAUUAUAGGUUAUUUUUGUUAAAUUGUGAUAUAGGAAACUAAUUUGAGAUUUGGUUUUGAAAAAUGACUUUGUAUGGGAGUGUUUCUGCACUGAACUUAAGUUGUACCAGUGAUAUCUUAGAUGCUAGAAAUUUGCAACCCAACAUUAGAUGUGGUUACCCUUCUUGUUCUAAGCAAACCAAUGGACUAGCUUUUAGAGGCAGUGAGCCAAUGGGCCAUGCUUUGAGAAUAUCAUUUGGAAAUGCUACUAAAACAAGGUUAAGAACUGGUAACUGCCCGUUGCAGGUAGUUUGUGUGGAUUAUCCUAGACCAGACCUUGAUAAUACUGUGAAUUUCUUGGAAGCUGCAUAUUUAUCAUCAUCCUUUCGUUCUUCCCCACGUCCAGCUAAACCAUUGAAGGUUGUGAUUGCUGGUGCAGGGUUGGCUGGUUUAUCGACUGCAAAAUAUUUGGCAGAUGCGGGGCACAAGCCUCUAUUAUUGGAAGCAAGAGAUGUUCUUGGCGGAAAGGUGGCUGCAUGGAAAGAUGAUGAUGGGGACUGGUAUGAAACAGGCUUGCACAUAUUUUUUGGAGCAUACCCAAACGUCCAGAACUUGUUUGGAGAACUUGGCAUCAAUGAUAGGUUGCAGUGGAAGGAGCAUUCAAUGAUAUUUGCAAUGCCAAACAAGCCUGGAGAAUUCAGCCGGUUUGAUUUUGCUGAGGUUCUCCCUGCUCCAUUCAAUGGGAUAUGGGCAAUUCUAAAAAACAAUGAGAUGCUGACAUGGCCUGAGAAAGUAAAAUUUGCAAUUGGACUUCUUCCAGCAAUGCUUGGUGGACAAGCAUAUGUUGAGGCUCAAGAUGGUUUGACCGUUCAAGAAUGGAUGAGAAAGCAGGGGGUUCCUGAUCGAGUGACUAAAGAGGUGUUUAUCGCCAUGUCAAAGGCACUUAACUUUAUUAACCCAGAUGAACUUUCGAUGCAAUGUAUAUUGAUAGCACUGAACCGAUUUCUUCAGGAGAAACAUGGUUCAAAAAUGGCUUUCUUAGAUGGAAACCCCCCGGAGAGACUCUGUAUGCCAAUUGUUGAUCAUAUUCAAUCAUUGGGAGGUGAAGUCCGGCUGAAUUCACGAAUAAAGAAAGUUGAGCUAAAUAAUGAUGGGACAGUGAGAAGCUUCUUACUGAAUACUGGGGACGUAAUUGAAGCAGAUGCUUAUGUGUUUGCCACUCCAGUUGAUAUCCUGAAGCUUCUUCUGCCUGAUAGCUGGAAAGAGAUUCCGUACUUCAACAAAUUGGAAAAAUUAGUUGGAGUUCCUGUUAUUAAUGUUCACAUAUGGUUUGAUAGGAAACUAAAGAAUGCAUAUGAUCACCUACUUUUCAGCAGAAGUUCCCUUCUGAGUGUUUAUGCUGACAUGUCGGUGACGUGUAAGGAAUAUUAUAGUCCAAAUCAGUCGAUGCUGGAGUUAGUUUUUGCGCCUGCAGAAGAAUGGAUCUCACGUAGUGACUCAGAAAUCAUCAAUGCUACAAUGAAGGAACUUGCAAAACUCUUUCCUGAUGAGAUAGCAGCAGAUCAGAGCAAAGCGAAAAUUUUGAAGUACCAUGUUGUUAAAACUCCAAGGUCUGUUUACAAGACUAUUCCAAAUUGUGAACCUUGUCGUCCCUUACAAAGAUCUCCUGUAGAGGGCUUUUAUUUAGCUGGUGAUUACACGAAACAAAAAUAUUUGGCUUCAAUGGAGGGUGCUGUUCUAUCUGGGAAGCUUUGCGCACAGGCCAUCGUGCAGGAUUACGAGUUGCUCGCUGCCCGGGAGCAAAAAGAGUUGGCUGACGCAACCAUGAGUUAAAAUUAUCUAAUGAUUCAUUAGAGGAUUGCAGGUCAAAAGAAUAUCCCAAAAAAGAUGGUUGAAAUGUGUAUAUGAUAUAUAAUUUGUAAAGCAUUUAGAAAGAAUUAUCUCACUGAAAGCAUAAAUUCUCUCAUCACAUUGUUGUCAUCAGUCAAGUGCAUUCAAUUAUCUCUUCCGAAAAAACAAAUGGAGGGAAAAGCUCCUAAUUGUUUUUUUGUUCACAUAACAUUUUGAAAUUGUGGCACACUGGAUGCCAUUGUUUAGUUGGAUUCA